AUGGAUUACCUAAAUAAAAAAAAUCUUUUCACACCUGAUGGCGUGUCCGAGAAGGACGGUGAUAAUGCUUCCGAGGGCCUCGGCCCUCAACCGACGAACCAAUGGGCGAAUACCGGACACGAUACUGCUUCUGAAGUGGAGGCGGCUAGUGUAAAAGACAGGCCCCACCAACCGCGGGACAAGCAUGGUCGCUUCAUCCGCCGACCAAAGUCUCCUGGCCCGGCGAGUGAAGUGGCCCAGUUGUACGUGGACAGCUCCGACGAAGAGAUUCUUCGCUCGGAUUUCACAAAGCCACAGACAAAAGGACAUCGGGCUCCAAAAAUCAACACAGCUCGGAGAGGCCGAGCUGUCGGUGUGGGUCACGCUAACACGGGACCUCGCUCUCGUGUGCCCGACGCGGAUGGCCCUGGCGGGUCAUAUAGACCCACGUUCCCCAUCCCACGUUCACUAAGUGCGGGGAAUCUGGACGUGAGCGCGGGGACGGGCGAAGAGGAGCGAUCUCCUGGCCAGGCCGGGGAGGUUGAACUCGAGGGCACAGCGGACCUCAUGAGAGAGGUCCUGGCCAAGGAGGCGCGAGACGGCCUCGCGGCAAUUUUAGCGGAGACCGCCAAGUCCUCCAACCUCAAGGGGACGAUGGCCAAAGCCAUAAAAGAGGCCGUCAGAAAGGUGGAGGGAGCCGUCGACGUUCUUCAUCGUGGAGAGACAGCGACUGAGGCGGCGCGGCGGAUGUCGGAGGACAACCGCCGGAUGAGGGGGCAGCUCGCUGCCCUAGAGGCAGAGGUGAAGGCCCUGAGGGGGGCCCACUCCUCCGCCAUGGCCAAGGCCAAGGCGCAGGUGGCCCCACCGUCGAGCAGUUCCGCGGAGAUGCACGCGGGGGUGAGGGAGGCCAUUGACGACCUCAGGCGCGACAUAUUCACCUCGAUGAGGAAUAUGAUGGACGCCCGCCUGAGCGACAUCGAAAGGCGCCUCCCCGCGGAGUUCCUAAGACCACCACUGGGCGGCAGAAGAGGAUCGUCCGCCGACAAAGCAGUGCCUGCCGCCACCGCCGCUGCAGUCUCUCCCAGGGUGCCUCUCACCGCAGCCGCACUCGAGCCAACACCGGGCCCCUCCCCGGCCCGAAGCGCGCCCGCCGGCCUGCGGCCCAAGAAGACGGCCAAGAAGAACGCCCCCUCGCCGAAGGCUGCUGCCGCCCCUUCUGCGACGGCCAAGAAGAAGGCUUCCCCGCCGAAGGCUGUUGCCGCCCCUCCUGCGGCGGCCCCCGCCGCCUCUGAUGCGGCGGCCCCCACGGCCACUGACCAGGCGGCAACGCCCUGGUCGCAAGUAAUUAGCUGCAGGGCCAGGAAGGGCAAAAAGACAGCUGCCGGCCCCCAGGCGGCCCCCAAACCCAGGGCGCUCACCACCCCGAAAUCAUCGGCGGUGGUGAUCACCCUGAGGCCUGAAGCGGUGGCGGAAAAGGGGGCCACGUACAAAGGGGUCCUCGAGGCGGCAACCGCGGCUGUGGACUUGGGCAGCCUCGGCAUCCCGCACGUGCGGGUGCGGAACACCCAGACGGGUGCCCGCAUAAUCGAGGUGGCCGGGGCGACCAGCGCUGGGAAGGCCGACACCCUGGCGGCCAAGCUGGAGGAGGUGAUCGGGGGGCUGGCGACAGUAACGCGGCCAACCAAAACCGCCGAUCUGAGGGUCACCGGCUUAGACGAGUCGGUUACCCCAGAGAAGAUCCGGACGGUGGUGGCCGCGAAGGGCCAAUGCUCCCCGUCCCUUGUGAGCGUAGGAGCUGUCAGGUUGGCCCCCAAUGGAAGAGGGUCAGCACUCGUUCGCUGCUCAGUAGCGGCAGCCCAAUUGGUGGCGGCUACCGGCCGCCUGUUGGUGGGGUGGUCCUCUGCCGGGGUUCACGUGAUGGAGCCCCUCCCCAUGCGCUGCUACAAGUGCAUGGGGAUUGGCCACACCAGAGCCCUUUGCCCCUCCAAUGUGGACAGAAGCGGGCUCUGUUUCAGGUGUGGCCAAACCGGACACUCGGCCUCCGAGUGCACGGCGAUCCCGCGGUGCUCCGUCUGCACCGCGACUCGCCGACCAGCGGACCAUCUAAUGGGCGGGCGAUCUUGCGCUCCUCCCCCCACAAAGGGCAAGCCGGCGGGGACCCCAGGCCCCCCACCUGUUGAGGGACAGAGUAUGGACGUGUGA